CUGGCUCGCUCGGCCCUCGCGGUCCGUCAUGCUCUGCGCCACUAGCCGCCUCCUAGCGGCCCGGGCGGCCACCGCAUUCCCCGCCCAGCCCAGGGCCCGGGGCCCCGCGCCCCGUUGCCGGCGCAGGGAACUACAUUUCCCAGGGCACCCCAAGCUGCCCCUUUGUGGCUUCUUGGCUGGGCGGCUCGCAAGACUUAGCGUGCCUACGGGUCGGAGGGCGAUCCUGAGGAGGGGAAGGAUGCCGCCGGCGGUCGGCGGAGGCCUGGCAGGGUCCGAGCUGCGUCCCCGGAAGGGCCGCUGUGGACCCCAGGCUGCUAGGGCCAUGGGCCCGGACGUGGCCGCUGAGGCUGCAGCACGGAGCCCUAAACGGCCUGCUUGGGGCUCGUGGCGUUUUGAAGCGGCCGGCUGGUGGGCCUUGCUGGCCCUGGUGACACUGCUGUCCUUCGCCACCCGCUUCCACCGUCUGGACGAGCCGCGGCAUGUCUGUUGGGAUGAGACCCACUUUGGAAAAAUGGGCAGUUACUACAUCAAUCGCACCUUUUUCUUCGAUGUGCACCCACCUCUGGGAAAGAUGCUGAUAGGUCUUGCCGGCUACCUGAGUGGAUAUGAUGGUACCUUUAUGUUCCAGAGGCCUGGGGACAAAUACGAGCAACACAACUACAUGGGAAUGAGAAGAUUCUGUGCGUCCCUUGGUUCCUUGCUGAUCCCCUUUGCCUACCUCAUUGUGCUGGAGCUAUCCAAGUCCCUCCCGGCAGCGCUGCUCACCGCUGCCCUCCUCACCUUUGACACAGGAUGCCUCACUCUGUCCCAGUAUAUCCUCCUUGACCCCAUCUUGAUGUUCUUCAUCAUGGCUGCCAUGCUGAGCAUGGUCAAGUACAACUCUUGUGCUGACAGGCCCUUCUCUGCCCCCUGGUGGUUCUGGCUCAGCCUGACUGGCAUUAAUCUGGCUGGUGCUUUAGGGGUCAAGUUUGUUGGCCUCUUUAUCAUCCUGCAAGUGGGGUGGAACACCAUUUCAGACCUUUGGCACCUGUUUGGAGACCUCAGUCUUUCAUUGGUGACUAUGGGAAAACACCUGACUGCUCGCAUCCUGUGCCUCAUAGUGCUGCCGCUUGCUCUCUACACGGCCACUUACGCUGUUCACUUCAUGGUGCUGAAUAAAAGUGGUCCUGGCGAUGGCUUCUUCAGUUCUGCCUUCCAGGCCCGGCUUGCAGGAAACAACCUCCACAAUGCUUCCAUCCCUGAACACCUGGCCUACGGCUCUGUGAUCACCGUGAAGAACCUGCGGAUGGCCAUUGGCUAUCUCCACUCCCACAGGCACCUCUACCCUGAGGGCAUUGGCGCCCGCCAGCAGCAGGUCACCACUUAUUUGCACAAGGACUAUAACAACCUGUGGAUUAUCAAGAAACAUAACACAAACUCAGAUCCCCUAGACCCUUCAUUCCCAGUGGAGUUUGUAAGACAUGGAGACAUCAUUCGACUAGAACAUAAAGAGACUUCUCGGAACUUGCACAGUCACUAUCAUGAGGCCCCCCUGACCCGGAAGCACUAUCAGGUCACUGGCUAUGGCAUAAAUGGGACAGGGGAUUCAAAUGAUUUCUGGCGGAUUGAGGUUGUUAACAGAAAAUUUGGAAACCGGAUCAAAGUGCUGAGAAGUCGAAUUCGCUUCAUUCAUCUGGUCACAGGUUGUGUCCUGGGCUCCUCGGGAAAGAUUCUGCCCAAGUGGGGCUGGGAGCAGGUGGAAGUUACUUGCACUCCAUACCUUAAGGAAACCCUGAACUCCAUCUGGAAUGUGGAGGACCAUAUCAAUCCUAAAUUGCCAAACAUCAGCCUGGAUGUGCUGCAGCCCAGUUUUCCUGAGAUCUUGCUGGAGUCCCACAUGGUGAUGAUCCGGGGUAACAAUGGCCUCAAACCCAACGACAAUGAAUUCACAUCCAAACCCUGGCACUGGCCUAUCAACUAUCAGGGCCUGCGCUUCUCAGGGAUCAACGAUACAGACUUCCGAGUGUAUCUGCUCGGCAACCCGGUGGUUUGGUGGCUGAAUCUCUUGAGCAUCGCCCUCUACCUCCUGUCAGGGAGCAUCAUUGCUGUGGCUGUGCAGAGAGGGGCCCAUCUGCCUGCGGAGGUUGAAGGGCUGUCCGAGGUCCUGCUGCGAGGAGGUGGUCAGCUGUUGCUUGGCUGGGUGCUCCAUUAUUUCCCCUUCUUCCUGAUGGGCCGGGUCCUCUACUUCCACCACUACUUCCCAGCCAUGCUCUUCUCCAGCAUGUUGACAGGUGUUCUGUGGGAUACUCUCCUCCGGCUCUGUGCUUGGAGCCUGGCUUCUUUUUCUCUGGCCAGCAGCAUCCAUGUGCUGGGAGUCCUGAGCCUGGUCCUGGGAACUGCCUACAGCUUCUACCUCUUCCACCCUCUUGCUUAUGGGAUGGUUGGUCCCCUCGCCCAGGACCCCCAAAGUCCAAUGGCAGGACUGAGAUGGCUGGAAUCAUGGGACUUUUGAAGCUGUUGCAAGGACUCCAGUCUCAGUCCAGGAAUUUCCUGGGGAUAGCCAGCUGUGGAGCCAGUCCCUGGACCCUCCCAGCUGUGGAUGAAGCUCCCCAAGGAGCCUGAGGAAUUCUGUUGCCUGCCAGGACCAAGCUCUGGGCGCAUUCCCGGAAUUACACAACACUGGAGAGAGCCACGGCUCUGUCUGCGGAGAUUCCACCGCUGGGGAUGGCUCGGCCCCAGAGGACAGCAUCUCCCAGGCCUGUUUCCCCAAGUGUGCAGCAUAAGGAAGGAUGAGUGUACAAGAGUGAGUGGGAGUGUGAGAGUGUGAGAGUGUAUUUGUCCACAUGCCUGUGGAAUAUAGACGGUAACUGUGGAUAGCUGAGUGUCAUAAACUCUAAGAAAUAG